AUGAACAGUGUCUUCACCAAGAACGGGGAGAAGCUGUCCCUUAGUGAUGUGUACACAGAGCUGAAGACAGGGGUCACCCUUGUCCGUCUGUUAGAGUUAAUCUCCAGGGAGAAGCUGCCCACCCCCAGCCGACGCACCCUACGGGUCCACUGCCUGGAGAACAACAGCAUCGUUAUCAACUUCCUCAAGACUAAGAUUCGUGUGGAUCUGAUUGGCCCUGAGAACGUUGUGGAUGGAGAUCGGACCCUGAUCUUGGGCCUGCUGUGGAUCAUCAUCCUACGCUUCCAGAUCGGAGCCAUCAAUCUCGAUGAGGCAAGUGGUGGUGCCAGCAACGCCCGUCGUUCUGCCAGGGAAGCUCUUCUGAUCUGGUGCCAGCGUAAGACAGCAGGAUACUCCAACGUCAAUGUGCAGGACUUCUCAGGAAGCUGGAGGAAUGGGCUGGCAUUCAACGCCCUCAUUCAUGCCCACCGACCUGACCUGUUUGAUUAUAAUCGUCUGCGUGAGGAGGACCCUAAGAGGAACCUGGGCCAUGCCUUCUCUCUGGCCGAGAAUGAGUUUGGCAUCCUCCAGCUGCUGGAUGUGGAGGACAUCGAUGUUAAACACCCAGAUGACAAGUCUGUCAUGACCUACGUCUCUCUCUACUACCACUACUUCUCUAAGAUGAAGCAGGGACAGACCAUCCAGAAGAGACUGGCCAAGAUCGUGGGUCUCCUGAAGGAGCUAGAUGAUCAGAAGAUCCUGUAUGAGAGAAUGGUGUCUGACCUCCUGCGGUGGAUCAAGACCAAAGUGGUGGAGCUCAACGAUCGCUCCUUUCCCAACUCCCUGAGGGACAUGCAGCAGCUGGUGGCCUCCUUCAAGACCUACCGCACCGUGGAGAAACCCCCCAAGUACCAGGAGCGAGGGGCCAUCGAGGAAAACUUGUUCAGCCUGCGCACCAAGCUCAUAGCCAACAACCAGUGGGCCUAUGUUCCCCCAGAAGGAAAGACCCUGGGGGACAUCGAGAAGAACUGGGCCUUACUGGAGCGGGCGGAGCAUGAGAGAGAGGACGCCCUCCAGAGGGCGCUGCUAAGGCUGGAGCAACUGGAGCAGCUGGCCCAGAAGUUUGGCAGGAAGGCAGGGCUGAGGGAGGGCUAUCUGGAGGACACAGCCCAGCUGAUCAGCAGACAGGACCUGAGGGGGUUAAACAGCCUGGAGGAGGCCCAGGCUGCAGCCCGGAGACUGGAGGCCCUGGGGACAGACACCCUGGCUAGGGAGCCUCGCUUCAGAGCCCUCAGCGACAUGGCAGCUGUCAUCGAGAAGGGGAACUACCACAGCAAGGCCCAAGUCAUCCGGAGAGAGGUGAGCAUCACAAAGCGCUGGAAAGACAUCCUGGUUCAGUUGCAGCAGAAGAGAGAGCAGCUGGGGGACAUUGUGAACACACUGAGUGUCCUCAGGGACAUCGAACUGGUUGCCCAGGAGCUCAGAGAUCUACAGSUAGUUUUAGCAGGGUCCUCUGACAUUGGGAAGCAGCUCCCGGAGGUGGAGGCCUUGCUUCAGAAACAGGACCUGCUGGAAACCCAGAUCUCUGCUCAUGGAGAGACUCUGAGUGCCAUCAGUAACAGUGCCUUAAAGGGGACACAACGAGUUGCACAGCAGAUCCAGACCAGGGUCAAAUCACUCAAUGCUCAGUACAACUCUCUGGUGGGGCUUAGUAAGAACAGGAGGAAAAUGCUGGAGGGCCAGUUGAAGCUGUUUGAGUUUUUCCACGACUGUGAGGAGGUGGAGGCGUGGAUCUAUGAGAGGUGGCUUCCCCUUCAGUCUGCCAGUCUGGGCAGAGAUCUCAGCCAGAUCCAGCUGGCAAUUCAGAAACACAAGGUUCUUGAAGCCGAGGUGCAGUCUCACGAGUCUCUGUGCUCAGGGGUCGUGAGUAGAGGUCAGGAGAUGUGCAGAGGGAAACACCCCAGUGAGGAGGACAUCCAGAAGUCGGUCCGGACGCUGAAGAAACAGUGGGAGCACCUGAAGGAGGAUGUGGUCAAUCGCAAAAACAGACUGCAUGCAGCCAUCGUUAUCAAACAGUACUUUGCUGAUGUGACCGAGGCCAACUCGUGGCUGAGCGACAGGAAGCCCCUCCUGAUCAGCGAGGAUUAUGGGAAGGAUGAGUCCUCCACCAGCGCCCUGCUGCAGCGCCACCUACGGCUGGAAAAGGAGAUGGGAGCGUACGUCGUGGAGGUGAAACGCUUGGGAGAACAGGCCAAGGGAGCCUCCCAGCUGACCCCGCUCACAGCUGAGGCCCAGCAGAACAAGAUGCCCCAGUACAGUGAUUCCUCUGGUGACGAGGAGGGAUUGACCACACCUGCGAGAGUGACCUCCCUCAGAGGAGCAAAGAUCACUCAGACAUCUACCCAGACCCAUACACAGGAGGCUAAUGCCAAGAUCAGGUUUAAAUACACAAGAGGUGUGACGGUGUGGGACCGUGGAGAAAUUGUGACUAUCCUCAACAGAGACAAUGAGGAUACGUUUCUAGUGAGGGACAGCAAAGGCAACGAACAGCUGGUGCCAAAGACGUACCUCACAGAGCUCCCAUCAUCUACAUCAGGGACUGAUUUAGACCUGGGACACCAGAACACUCCCUCUACACCACCUCCAUCCACCAAUGGGGUUACUGAAAGCCCCACUAAGAGGGUGAACCGGGCGCGUCGCAGACGUUCCAUGCGCCGGGGGACCGCUGAGAUCCAGUCCUCUUCGAUUCCUGAUCCACAUUACCAGAGAGAAACCAUAGAGAGCACCCAGAGCAGUCUAGACCGGGACUUCAACACCCUGCACAACCUGGCUAAUUCCAGGAGGAAAACUCUGGAGGAGACGGUUCGGUUGCACCGCUUCUACAACACCUGUGAGGAGUUUGAGUCCUGGAUGGAGGACAAGGAGAACAUCCUUAACACCUUCAGUCCUAACUCCGACAACGUGGGUGUGGUGCAGGCCAAAUAUGAGAACUUUCUGACCGAGCUGGCAAGUGGGAAGGGCCAGCUCGAUGACAUCACCAGACUUGGGGAGGAGCUAGUGAAGAGCAGACACAGUAAACACAGAGAGAUACAGGCCAAGCAAGGACAAGUCACACGCAGGUGGGAGCGCAUGCAGAAGCUGAAGGAUGAGAAGGGCCAUGAGCUGCUGAGCACGGCGGAUGUGCAAUCCUUCCUCCAGAGCUGUGAGGAGGCCCGGGCCCAGCUCAUGGAGCAGUUCACCCAGCUGGACACUGUGGAUGGUGUGGGUACUACCUCCACAGCCCUGGACACUGAAGAGAGGGCCCAGGCUCAGGCACAAAGAGACAUACAGGCCCUGGAGAGGAAGAUAUCAUACCUCAAGAGUGUGGCUAAAAUGAAGCAGGACUGCAGCCCAGCAGAGGCCGCAGCCAUCAUGGAGGAGGUGCGGGGCCUGGAGGCUCUGCUGGAGCAGGUGAAGGGCCAGGCAUCAGAGAGACAGAGGCUUCUGGAGGAGGCCAAGCGGCUGCAGCUGUUUCAGCAGGAGACCAGGGACCUGCUGCUGUGGGCCGGGGCCGCCCAGGACCGCCUACUGGAGGACGACACAGCCUCGGACGUGACCUCCGCUCAGAACCUCCUGAAUGACAACCAGGAUCUGAGGAUAGAGAUCGACGCGCAAAGGGAGAGGGUGAAAGACAUGGAGAAACUUGGAAAGUCUCUUGAGGAACAAUCAAGGGGAAACCGAGGUGUGAAGGACAUCCAGCAGACGCUGGGAAAACUGAGCCAGGAGUGGACCAAGCUGGACAAACUGUGGGGCAGUAGGAACAGGAGGCUGGAACAGGGGGUGGAGCUACAGAAGCUGAAUCAGGAGGCUGACCGUAUCGAGGCAGCCCUAGAUAAAAUAUACUGUACACUGUUGAAUCAGGAGGCUGACCGUAUCGAGGCAGCCCUGUCUGGGCAUGAGGCCAGGCUGAAGGUCAAAGACCUGGGGGACUCUGUAGACAAUGUCCACAGUCUGUUGGGCAGACAGGAGGAACUGGAGGGCCUACUGAAUUCUCUGGACCAACAGAUCAGCCUCUUCCAAGACAAGAGCAAGGAACUCGUCAACAAACGACACUUUGCUGCCAAACAAAUACAGGAGAGGUCACAGAAUAUUCAAGAGCGCAAUAAGAAGCUUGGAGAGAGCUGCAAACGAAGACGGACCCUCCUGCUUGAUUCACAUAAGUAUCAGGAGUUCCAGAGAGAUGCUGAAGAAAUGCUGUUGUGGAUGGAGGAGAAGUUCAAGAUAGCUGAAGACGAGUCAUACCGGGACCCUACCAAUAUCCUCCGCAAGCUGAAGAGACAUGAAGCGGCUGAGAAAGAGAUGCAAGCUAACCAAGUGUGGCUAGACAGACUCACACAGUUGGGAGAGGAGAUGCUGUCGGAGGAGCAUUACGAGAGCCAGAACAUCAGGAGGAAGUCUACCCAGGUUAACAGUCGCUGGGUCAGGCUCCAGGGGAAGAUGACUGAGAGAGGAGACAAGCUGAGACAGGCCGGACAGCAGGAGCAGCUCAUGGAGCUACUGCAGGAUGCCAAGCUGAAGAUCGACGCCAUCCAGAGGAUGUUGCAGAACGCAGCCAAAGGUCACGAUCUUCGCUCCAGCCGCCAGCUGUUGAAGGAGCACCAGCAGCUAGAGGCCGAGGCCCAGGAACUGGCUGACAAGAUCAACACCAUCGUGACCCGGGCCAAGCACCUGGCCACUAACCACUUUGACUCCCAGAGGAUCCUUCAGGAGACAGAUACGUACAUGAAGCUGUUCAAGUCGCUGCAGAAGCCUCUGGAUCGUCGCAGGGCCCAGCUGGAGGCGUCCGUGGCUCUGUUUGGCUUCUAUCAUGAUGUAGACAUAGAACUCUCCUGGAUAACCGAACACUACCCAUCCACUGGCUCCACCAACUAUGACAAGUCCCUGGCAGGGGCUAUCAACCUCAUGCAGAAACAUAAGGAGCUGCAGGCAGAAGUGAACGCUCACCGUAAACACUUGAACCGGAUCCUGGAGAAGGGGCAGAGCUUGGAGAAGUCCAGCCAAUAUGAUGGAGAGGAAGUCCAGCAGAGGAAUACACACCUGGCCACAGAGUGGGAGGAGCUAGAGGCAGCCUGUGACAAGAGGGCCAUCCACCUGAACAGGGCCAUCACUAGAGAACAGAUCUUGCUUGACUGUGCGGAGCUGGAAACCCGUCUCUCUGAGACUCUAGCUUUGGUCAGCACUGAUGAGUAUGGCAAGAACGAUCUAGCCACCCAGAGCCUUAUCAAGCAACAUCAGGCGGUGGAGGGGCAGAUGGAGGUGCUGGAGGCCCAGGUGGAGGAGCUGGGGAUGUGUGGAGUCAGCCGUCCAUGAGUGGACCUGGACGAGGUCAAUAGACCAUACAGCCGCAUCAGCAGUCAGAUGAGCAAGCUGCAACACCAAGCCCAAGUCAGGGGCCAAAAGCUGAGGGAGGCUCUCCACCUCCAUGAGUUCAGACGGGAGUCUUCAGAGCUGGACGACUGGAUCACACAGCAGAGACAGAUAGCCUCCUCUGAGGACUACGGAAAUGACUAUGAACAUGUAGUGCUACUGAAUGGUAAAUUUGAGGCCUUCCUGAAGCGUUUGGACGUGGGAUUUGAUAGGAUGCGGAGCUGCAAAGAGCUUGCUGAUAGUCUCAUUCAACAUAAGCACCCUCAAGCUUCCAACAUCAGGGACACACAACAUCAGCUCAGAUUGUCAUGGGAGGAACUGCAGGACUUGGCCAAAGACCGCAAAGACCGUUUACUCAAAGCCGAGGAGUGUCACAAGUUUUACAGAGAUCUCACCGAUGCCUUAGGACAUAUUGAGGAGAGGUACAAGAGCAUUCCUGAUGACAUCGCCAGGGACCUGCGAGGGGUGCUUUUGCAGCUUCGUAAACACGAGGCUCUAGUCCACGUGCUAGCAGGGAACGAGCAGCAGCUCCAGGAGCUGCUGGAUAUGGCAGACUCCACCCUGGACCUGUGCUCCCCAGAGAUGAGGGUUCUCCUGCAGGAUCAACAACAGGAGGUGGUGGAGCACUGGGAGAAGCUGCGCCUCCACAUGGACCAGAGGGAGGGAGACCUCAAACGGGCACGCCAACGCUACCUCUUCCUCAACACGGUCCAGGACUAUGCUCUGUGGUGUGCCCAGGUGUUGAGUGGGAUGACAGCGGAGGAGUCUAUUAGAGACGUGGCCACCUGUGACCUGCACCUGGCCCAGCACCAGCAGCUGUGGGCUGAGAUCGUGGCCCGGGAGGAGACCUACGACCAGGCAGUGGCUAUGGGGCAAGAGCUGCAGGUGCAGGACAGACACAACGCAAGAGAGGUCCAGGAUAAGCUGAGUGGUCUACAGGAGGAGAGGGACUCACUUCAUGGCCACUGGGAGAGGAAACAGAGAGGCCUGGAGGGGACCCACCUGGAACAGGUCUUCUACAGGGACACAGAGAGCAUGGAGAAGAUCACCAACUCCCAAGAGAUCCUUCUGAAGAACAGUGAUCUGGGGACGUCAGUUGAUGAGACAGAGGGACUCAUAAAACGCCAUGAAGCCUUUGAGAAACUCCUCAGCACUCAGGAGGACAAGAUAUCAUUGCUGAAGGACCUUGCUGAGAGACUGAAGAAGGAAGACUUCAGUCGUGAGAAAGCCGGCCACAUCCACAGCAAGCUGAAGGCCCUCCUGGAGAGGCGAAGCAGGAUUAAGGGACUGUCAAUCAAACGCAGAGAGGAGUUGGCAAUCUCCAGGCUGCUCUGCAUCUUCAACCGCAAUGCUGCCGAGGCUGAGGAGUGGGUGUCGGAGCGUAUGCAGAAGAUGCAGGAGGAUUCCAAGGUGGACCUGAGCAACCUGCAGACCAAGAUGAAGCUGCUCCAAAAACAUCAAGUCUUUGAGGCAGAGAUUCUCGCCCACAGCAGAAUCAUUGACUCAGUGCAGCUGGCUGGUGAGGAGCUGGUGUCUCUGCAUCACCCUAAGUCCCAGGAGGUUCGUCGUAGUGUUGCAGCUCUUGAGAAACACUGGGAGGAGCUGAAGCUGGCGGUGGCCGCCAGGGGGAAGGUUCUAGAAGACAACAGAGACUUCCUGGAGUUCCUGCAGAAGGUGGACCAGGUGGAGGUCUGGAUCAGACAGAAGGAGGUCAUGAUAAACAUAGGGGAUGUUGGCACAGACUAUGAGCAUGGGCUCCAACUGCUGAAGAAACUGAAUGAGUUUAGAGGAUCAGGCUCUGGGGAAGUCACAGUGGACGAUGCUCACAUCAAGGCCAUCAACAACCUGGCUGCUCGGCUGGAGAGGCAGAACAGUGACGAACUGGCUACAGUGAAACAGCGCAGACAGCAGCUUAAUGACAGAUGGAGUAAGUUCCAUGGCAACCUGAGCAGCUAUAAGAAGAAGCUGGAGGCAGCGCUGGUGAUCCACUCUCUCAUCAGAGAACUGGAUGAAGUCCGGGAGAGAGCCAAUGAGAAGAUGCAUCUGCUGCAAGGCCAGGACUGUGGCUGGGAUGUGGAGAGUGUGGAGAAUCUGAUACGACGCCACGAGGAGACUGAACGUGAGGCUGGAGUCAUACAGGAAAGAGGCAAGGCACUGGAAAAGGACACCGCUGACCGCCUGAAAGCUCAGUCUGUGAUGGCCGACAAACUGAGCAAAAAGCAGAAAGAGGUCAAAACCGGCCUUGUGAAGCUAGAGAAGGACAUUAAACUCAGGAAGGAGAGGCUGCAGGAGGCUCACCAGCUGCAGCUGUUCAAGGCUAACCAGCGCCUCCUACUGGACUGGACCCUGAAGCAGAGCUCUGAGAUGGGAGAGAAAGGCCUGCCCAAGAGCAAGAACGAAGCAGAGCGAUUCAUAGUAGAACAUCAAGACUGGAAGACUGAGAUUGAUGCACGGGGGGAGCGUAUCGACUCUGUCAGAGACUUUGGCCUGAGUCUGGUAAAGUCUGGACACAGCUCAUCAUCAGAGAUCAAUAAGUCUCUGACCAAGCUGGAAGAGGCCAAGAUGGGUCUGAGCCAGACCUGGCAGAACAGGAAGAAGACUCUGGAUCAGGCUCUAGGCCUACAGAUAUUCCUUGGCUACAUGGAGCAGAGUGAGAGCUGGUUGAGCAACAAGGAGGCCUUUCUGGCCAAUGAAGACCUUGGGAGUUCUCUCUCUGAUGUGGAGACCCUCCAGAGAAAGCAAGCCCUGUUUGAGAACACUCUGGAUGCUCAGAUGGAGCAGGUGGAAGGAGUGGAGCGGUUCGCCCAACAGCUGAUCCAGCAGAAACACUUUGACUUGGACAAUAUCAAGUGCAAGAGCAAGUCUGUGCUGCUCAGAAAAGGAAAACUGUUGGAAAUGAGUAAGGUUCGCCGGAAGGCUCUUGAAGAAUCUCUACAACUCCAGACGUUCCUGGGUAGCAGCUAUGAGGUGUGCUCGUGGCUCAAUGAGAGGAAUGCAGUGGCCCUGGAUGAAAGCUGGAGAGACCCCAUCAACCUCCAGGCCAAACUACUGAAACACCAGAGCUUUGAGGCUGAGAUCUUAGCGAACCGUAACCGAGUUGACACUCUUACUAAGGAGGGUGAGAGAAUGAUAGCAGCGGGUCACUCCACUCCUGGGAAGAUCAAACCGUGGCUGAAGGACCUUAACCAUGGCUGGGACCUGCUCCUCAACAACUGUAAAGAGAAGAAAUCUCGUCUGCAGCAGGCCUACCAGGCUUUACAGUUCCAACGUUCUCUGGACGACAUCGAGGAGUGGCUUGGGUCCGUAGAAGUUGAAGUAACCAACGAGGACUGUGGCACUGACCUCCCGUCAGUCAGCAGGCUGCUGAAGGCUCUACAGGACCUGGAGGAGGUAGUGGAUGGCUAUCUGGAGAGGAUCCAGGGCCUGGUGGAUACAGCCAAGGACUUCAGCUCCAAGGGCAACUUCCUGGCCCAGGAGAUCCAGCAACGAGUAGGCCAAACUGUCAAUAGAUAUAACAGUCUGGCUGAGCCAUUGCAGAACCGACGGGAGACCUUAGAAUCCUGGCAGAUGUUGUUCCAGUUCUACCGUGACAUGGAGGAUGAGCUGGUCUGGGUCCAGGACAAACUGCCCUCUGCCUCCGCCAAAGACUGGGGAACCUCCCUACAGAGUACUCAGUCUAUGGUCAAAAAACAUCAGGCUCUGGUGCAAGAGAUAGCGAGCCGUACCCCUCUGGUGCAGGCUGUCCAGACCGCAGGGCAGAACCUGGUGAGGGGCAGACACUUUGCCUCGCAUGAGAUCAGCGAGAAGCUGGCUGAGCUCAAGAAGAUUUUUGAGAGCCUGAAGACAGAGUCAGAAAACAGGGGCCGACUGCUACAGGAGGCUCUGAAGAUACAGACCUUCCUCUCUGAGGUUUCAGAACUACAACUGUGGAUGGAUGAGCAGAGACCAAUGUUAGAGUCCAAAGAUUUUGGGAAGAGUGAGGAGGCCACCGAGGUCCUCCUGAGGAAGCUGGACUCUGUAGACCUGGACAUGGAGAACCAGCGGCUGAAAGUAGAGUCUCUUCAGGAGACUGGCGCUAAACUGGAGCACUGUGGCCACCCCAACAGCCAUUUAGUGAGUAAGAGUCUUCCAGACGUGCUGGAUGAGUAUGAGAGUCUGCUGCGUGUCUCUGGCUCGCGACGGGCAGCUCUGGAGGACCAGCUGAACCUUUAUGUGUUUGAGAGAGAGGCCCGGGAGCUGCAGAACUGGCUGUGCUCCCGCAAGACCCUGGCUGAGUCAGAAGACUUUGGACAAGACCUGGAGGAUGUGGAGAUGUUGCAGAAGAAGUUUGAAGACUUUGUGGCUGAGGUGAACACGCUGGGCCAGAGUAAACUCAGCACUGUUCAACAACUACGACAGGAGGUGAAGUCUGCUGAAGGCCCGAGACGAGAGGCAGCGCUGCACAAGUUAUGGGACGAGCUCAACCGGAAUGUGAAGAUUAGAGCGGAGAACCUGAAGUCUGCCCGAGAGGUGCACCAGUUUGAUCAUGACGUGGACGAGCUGAAGGGUUGGAUGAGUGAGAAGGAGGUGGUGUUGGACUCUGACGACCACGAUCACGAUCUACUCAGUAUCCAGGCACUCAUCAGACAACAUGAAGGACUGGAGAGAGACUUGGCGGUCAUCGAGGGAGAGGUGUCUCGGACUAAAGAGGAGGGGCGGGACCUAACCAGGAAGUACCCCCAGGUGCAGGCCAGUCUGGGUGAGAGACUACAGGAAGUGGAGGCUAGCUGGGCUAGUCUGCAUGCCAAGGCCAUCCAACGCAGGAAGAGACUGGGGCAGGCUGAGGCUAUGCAGAGAUACCUCACAGAGUGGACAGAACUCAUGGCAUGGCUGAAAGAGACCCUGUCCCUGGUGAGAGGGGAGGGGUCAGGAGGGGAGGGUGCUGACCUGGAGCAGCUAAUCAAAAGACACGAAGAGUACCAUGUUCAGAUUGACAAGCAGCUCAACAAAUCACAGGCUGUGAAAGAUGAGGGCAGAUACCUCGUGGAGGAAGGCAACUUCAUGUGCCAAGAGUUGGAGGAUCGUCUUCUGGAGCUGCAGGAGCUGGAGAUGCGGGUGCAGGAGGUCUGGGAGGAGAGGAGGGUGUUGUACCAGGAGGAACUGGAGAUCCUUCAUCUACAGAGGGAGCUGGAGCAGGCAGAGCACUGGCUCAGUACCUACGAAGCUACUCUGAGGGUAGAGGAGUACGGGGACUCUGUGUCAGAUGUUCUGGAGUUGAUGAAGAAACAGGAGGACUUGGAGGCUAUGAUUCAAGCCCAGAGUGACAGGUUUAGCACCUUACAGAAGAAGAAAACACAGAGAGAGAAGAGAUUACAAAGCCUCCAUGGUGAUGAUGGAGAAAAUUCCAGGAAGAAGCUUUCCAGGGUGACCUCCCUGAAGAGGAAACCGUCUGACCCGAAGACCCCCCGACCCACUGGCCCUAAACUCCUAAAACCCACAGACCGGGUCCGCAGAACCAGCACCGGCAAAACACCUGAUCCAGAUUCAUCUCCCUCCAUCUCCAGUAGCCCCCCUCCCAGCCCCGCCCCUAGGGCCCUGACCACCCAGAACCCUGCCUCUGUGGCCCCCUCUAGAUCCCCACGCUUCGCCCCUCCAGUCAACCCUCCUCCAUCCCCUCCAUCCUCUCCCACUACAGAGAGCAGUAGCCACUCCUGCUACAGACCCCAUAGAUUGUCAGUGAAGGAAGAAGAGUUGCCUCCCACAGAUAGACCAUCUAUCGCCCCCAAGCCAAGGCUCUCCCUCAAAGAGACGUUAGCCAGGCAUGAGAAGCUGGCCCCAGAAACACCUGUGUCGGCCCCAACCUCACCUGAGCCAGCCUCACAUGCAUCUCCCCUACCCUCACCUGUAUCUGCACCUGUCCUCUCUGAAAAUCCUGAGCAGCCAGAUAACGAACCCACCACACCCCCUAAACUCCCUUCCCUUUCCGGAGAUGUCCCUCCCCCCUCCAGAGACCUGCCCCCUUCCCCUCUACUGCUACACCACAGGAAACUAGAGGACCUACCAGAGGAGAUGGCUACGCCGUCAGACUCGACAUCUGAUGUCAGUGGUCAAGUGCCUGCCAGAAUGGAUGGGAUGUUGGAGAUCAAGGUGAAACAAAGCGGAAACAAAGGUUUGGAGAACUGGGAUGCUGUCUAUGCAUUACUGGAGCGGGAGACACUCAAUCUUUUCAAAGACAGAGACGCAGCUACAGAGAGGUCUUCCCUAUGGCCCCCCAUCAAUAUGGUUGGAGCAGUGUGUAAGGAAAACCCAUACUAUAGGAGAAAAGACCAUACCUUCAAACUAACUCUGCAUGAUGGAAGUCAGUACCUGUUUGCUGCCUUUAGCCGAGAGCAGCAGCUCAAAUGGGUAGAGGAACUUCAGAACUGCACCAAGUCUGGAAGCUCCUCUGACUCUGAGGAUUCUGGGAACUCCUCAAAGGACACAGUAGAUCACCAGUACUCCAAACAGGUCAACGUCAAUGAUGCUUCUGAGAACAAAGGGUUUCUCAGAGUUGGCUCCAGUGAAAGUGUUGGUUCCAGAGUUGGCUCCAGAGAAAGUGUGGUUUCCAAUGAAAGUUUUGAGAGCGAUAUAGGGCCACCACCAAAGCCCCCCCAUACCUAUUACAACAAGCACCGCUACCCUACAGGAGGGGGGACCAAAGAUGAAGGGACUGUAAUAACUCAGAGACUGAGUUCCUUACAGAGGAGCCAUCCUCCCACUGCCCAACCUCCUCUACCUCCACAAAGCCUCAAUGACCCUGAGACCAAAGACAAACCCAAGAACAAGAGUGUCUUCAAGAAGCUCUUUGGAAAGUGAUUUGGGAUAUUUCCUGUGUUAUUAGAAUAGAGUCAUCAUAACAAUUUAUAUCUUAAUAUUACCUUUACAAUGGUCAAAUCAAAUGCCACAAUCUUUCUGUUGUUAACCAUUAGCAUUGGUUUAUGAUAUGUUAGCAACAAUUUAUAUCUUAAUUUUCUCCUUGUGUUGAUGUACUCAAGAUGGCUGCAUGCUCAUGAGAUUUAAUGCCAGUGCCUAUAUAAAAAGCGAAUUUAUUUAUUCAAUAGAAAAAAUUACAUUCAGUUGGCCUAUUUCAUUUUACACAUUUCAAACCACAGUCAUUUUCGAAUCACCACAUUUGGUAACUGAACUAAUAUCUCUUGUGUAGGAACAUAUAAAUAGAUCAUCCUUACCAUGCUCAAACGAAGUUUCAAGCUAAUUAUGCAUGAUGUCAAUGACAGAUUUGCCGAUAUUAGAAUUAUGCAUGUGUAUUUUAAGUAAAUAUGUCACCGAUAUUUAAUUGUAUGGAUUAUAGGCUGCCAAUCUUGUUUUGAAAGUGUGAGAAUAUUUUUAUCAGCACAUUGGGUGAGAAAGAAAUACAUGAUAUGAAGUGUAUUCUUAUCUUUUAAAUAUUUUUGUCAAACGAAAUGAGAGGACAUUUUUCAAAGUUAGUAUACUUUUUGCAAUUCAUUUUCAUGCCAUAAUUUAAUGACCUUGUGAUUAGGUUGGGUAUACUUUUACCACUUUUACGUUAUACAUUUUGCAAAAGUCAUUCGUAUUUUAAUUAUUUUCGGUUUAGACUGCAACUAGGAAUCAACAAAAUUACAUAUUUCAGAUUGAGAAUGUGUUAGUAUAAUAAAAGCCUGCAUUCAGAUAAAAUUAGGGGCCAAUUUUUGUCAUCCAAUAUUCCACAUGUAUCAUGCUUUUUUUGUGUAGGCUAGUAGCCAAAAGACUUUCUCUUUUGGUCAUCUUAAUAAACGGUUAUGUAUGUUUUGCGGAUUCUGUAAAAAAAUACAUGUCUUUGAUGGAAAUGUUCAAUUUCACGGAUUGAGAAAUGCGUAAAGAAUUGGACUACAACAUACAACCCUACAAUAAGUGUCAGCAAAGUACAUGCCACAAAUGAAUGAUCUUUCAGCAUUUUCGAUCCUAGGCCUUCCGGACUAUUUGCCUUCUUGAAUCAGCAACAUUUGCUACCGCUUGAUGGCGUCAGAGACAAUAAAGCAACAAGACAGUCUAUUCCUCAAGUCUAUUCCUUGCAGUUCAAAAGUUAAUUCGAGAUGUUGCCAUUGAUUUAACAUCUUGAGCUUUGUCUAUUUGUGAUUGUUGCAUUUAACUUGUUAAACAAUUUGGGUAAUGUGCCAUGAUAUUUCAGGUCAUGGGUUUGAUUACUCAUUUGGUGUCAUUAGGCUAGACGACGUGUGGGUAGAAUAAAAAUCAUAAAGGGA